AUGAUAUAUCAAACACAACCAAAACAAGAUUAUAAUUAUCUAAGUACAAAUGCAGCAAAUCAAGCUAUAAGAACUUAUUCAUUAACUUCAAAUCCAUAUACAAAUAAUCAUGGAUCAUAUGGUAUUAAUGCUGGAUCCAGAACAAAUUCAUUAAAUUCAAGAUCAUAUCAAGGUUUUAGAUCAAAUUCAAUAAAUGGUUUGGGGAAUUAUAGAACUAAUUCACUACGAUCAAAUUCAAAUUCACUAAGACAACAGAAUGAUGGAGAUGGAACAACAAUAGUUCAUACUACAAAGACUUUGGAUGAAUAUGGUAGAUUAAAAUCUAUAACAACUGAAACUAUCAAAAAAAUGGGAUCAUUUGAAUUAACUAAAACUGAAACAAAGAAUUUAUCAUUACCAAAACAUCCUGGUAAUAAGAGAACUAAUUCAAUUGAUGGAGGAUUAAGUCCACCUAUUGUUAAAUAUGCAGGUAGUAUAACAAGUUCACAAGAAUUAGAAAGUAUUAAAGAAGAUGAUGAAAUUAAAUUCCCAGGAUUUCAUAGAGGAUUAAGUGGAAUUCAAGAAGGUGAAGAUAGUGGUAAUGAAAGUGGUGAUAGUAUAUAUAGUGAUGCAUUUGAUAUAAUACCCAAGAAUUUACAACAAGAUGAAGAGACACUUCAACCUCCUAUAUCUCCAAUAUCACCUGAAUCAAGUUCUAAACCUUCAUCAAUUAUUAAGACAUCAAAUUCAAAACCUAAAACAAAGAAAAGAGUUAGUAUUGAAGAUAAUGUAUCAAUAUUAUCAAAUAAUUCACAUGUUUCUAAAGGUUCAAAAUAUAAAGAUUAUAGUGUUAAUUAUUGGAAUAAUGAACCUAAAUUAAAGAAAAAGAUUAGUGAUCAAGAAAUGUAUGAUAAAGCAUAUCAAUUAGCUUUGGGAAAGGUGUAUGGAGAGCAACAAGUACCUCCUCCACAACAACAAGCACAACAAAUGCCACCGCCACAGAUUAAAAUCCAACCAUAUCAAACAAAACAAGAACAAGAACAUCCAUAUAAAUCAUUACAAUCAAAGACUGGAUUCAAGAGACAUUCAAUGAGACAAUCAAGCAUUCCAAAGAAUGAAAAAAAUUAUAAUUAUCAAUUGAAUAAUAAAUUUGGACAGGAAGAACCACAACAAGAACCACAACCACUACAUCAUACAAUAAAAGACACACCAAGUGAAGAAACAGCAGUUGAAGAACCUCCAUCUAAAACUAAAACCACUAAAAAGAAGAAGAAGUUUAAUUUAUUUAAAUUAUUCAAGAUUAAAUAA